AUGUCAGGCCUCUUCGGCUCAGCCAGCCCUGCUGGUUCUUCGGGCGACAUUUCAAAGGAUGUCGCCCUGUCUUCGCCGCCGGAUGAUAGUAUCUCUGAUCUCGCUUUUUCGAGUGCCAGCGAUCACCUUGCAGUGGCAUCUUGGGACAAGAAAGUCCGCAUUUAUGAAAUCAAUGAACAAGGACAAAGUGAAGGGAAGGCGUUAUUCGAGCAUCAAGCACCUGUGUUGAGUUGUUGUUGGUCACCCGAUGGAACUAAAGUUGUUGGUGCCGGUGUUGAUAAAGCCGCUCGUAUGCUCGAUCUCGCGGGCAACCUUAGCAACCCUAUUCAAGUCGCUGCGCAUGAAGCGCCCAUUCGAUGUUGCCGCAUGAUUUCGAACCCGGGAAACUCUAGCCAGCCACUGCUCAUCACCGGGUCGUGGGAUAAAACAGUCAAGUACUGGGAUCUGCGGCAGCAAACGCCCAUCGGAUCUCUCGAUUGUCAAGAACGGAUAUACACAAUCGACGUUAACAAUAAACUUCUGGUUAUUGGAACCGCAGAUCGAUAUAUCAAUAUUGUGAAUCUGGACCAGCCCACGAAAUUCUAUAAAACAAUGCAGUCUCCCCUAAAAUGGCAGACCAGAGUUGUCAGCUGCUUCGCAGAUGCCACCGGAUUUGCUGUUGGAAGUAUCGAAGGCCGAUGUGCGAUUCAGUACGUUGAAGAGAAGGACUCUGGCAAGAAUUUCAGCUUCAAAUGCCACCGCGAAAGCCCCCCGAACAACGUGAACCUCAGCAAUGUUUAUUCAGUGAAUGCCAUUUCUUUCCACCCAACACACGGCACUUUUAGUACGGCAGGCAGUGAUGGUACAUUCCACUACUGGGACAAGGAUGCCAAGCACAGGCUCAAGGGGUUCCCCAACGUUGGAGGAACCAUUUCCAGUACUGCUUUCAACCGUAAUGGAAAUAUCUUUGCCUAUGCUGUGAGCUAUGACUGGAGCAAGGGAUAUACCGCCAAUACGCAACAAACACCGAACAAGGUCAUGAUGCACCCCGUUGGCCCUGAAGAACUACGACCCCGUGCCGCCGCCAACCGUAGGACCAGAUGA